AUGGUAACGGACAACACACCAAGGAUUCCAGCCGGAAGACAGCUACGACAACCACCAUCCACAACACCACCACCAGCAUCGUCAUACACACCACCUCUACCAUUACUUCCACCACCACCACCCUACACCACCCAUCCACCACCACCACACACCCAUACCACCACUACUACCACCACCUUCGCAACAGCCACCAGUACUACUAUCACAACAUCCACUACCGAACCCAAACACAACACCUCUACCACCAGUUCACCUCUAUCACCACCCACACCACCACAUCCACCGCUACCACUACUACUACUACGACAACUACUACCACCACCACACUACAUCCACCACUCCACAACAGCCACCGCAACCACCACGAACAUCCUCCGCAUCAACAUAUAUACACAGCCGAAUAAGAACGUAGGCUCACCUGAAAGUAUUCACUAUCCCGAGAUGAAAACUAGAGCCCCGUUUCAACAGCACCGUUUCGCUUCGCCAAAAACAGAAACCAAACUAAACAGCAGUUCUGAUAUUGCAAAGACGAGGUACACCAUGUCACUAUAA